AUGGUUUACGUCGGUAUUCCAACGAACUACACCACCUCGCCGUCCUCGUUCGCGGCGACGCCGUCUCUGACAAUCAAUUAUGAGGCCACUCAGGAUCUCGACUCGACCAAUGCUUUCGAAGGUCCUGAGAAGCUUCUCGAGGUAUGGUUUGCGCCAUCUGCCGCCGAACUAGGCGCCGCCGGCCCCGAAGGCCUUAAGAAAGUGCCCGGGGAAAUCUGGAAGGAUAUGUUGGACUUGGUCAACUGCCAGGUGCUUUCCGUUAUCUCCUCCGAUGAGAUGGAUGCCUACCUUCUGUCGGAGUCCAGCAUGUUUGUCUGGCCGCACAAGUUGAUUCUCAAGACGUGCGGAACUACCACCCUGCUUUCGGGACUCCCGCGCAUCUUGGAAAUCGCUGCUUUGUUCGCAGGGUUCCCACGCGCCACGGCCCCUUCAUCUCGGGGUAUCACGGUGGCUGCGGCUCCCUACCGAGUCUUCUACAGCCGGAAGAACUUCCUGUUCCCUGACCGUCAGCGUGGCCCUCACCGCAGCUGGCGCGAUGAAGUGCGAUCGAUGGACAGGUUGUUCGUCAACGGCAGCGCCUACAUGAUCGGGAAGAUGAAUGGAGAACAUUGGUAUCUCUACCUGACCGAGCCUGGCACCGUGCUCACCCCACCGGCGAGUCCCAAGGAGGAGGUUGACUUCCACGAGACCGAAACAAAGGUCCUCAACUUCCCUGAUGCCAAUCUGCGCACUGACUGUGAUGAGCACGAUGAGACCCUCGAAGUUCUGAUGACCGACCUUGAUGAGGAAAAUGCGAAGCAGUUCUACCUCGAAAACGCCACUGCUGUGGCCGAGAAGCGUCACCGCAACUCUGAGAAAGACGAUGGUACUGAUCACCUCGACGUCUUCAGCAACACCUCCGACAUGGAUGAGGAGACUGGUGGCAUCCUGCCGCCGGAGCUGACCACUGAGGGCCACGCUCUGGGCACUGUCGUCUCUGAGUCAUGCGGCCUGUCCGAUGUGUACGCCAAGAGCAAGUUCCCAGAUGCUCGCAUCGAUGCGUACCUCUUCACUCCAUGUGGCUUCUCUGCCAAUGGCGUUGUGCCCGCUCCUGAUGGCAACGCUCCGACCCACUACUUCACCGUGCAUGUCACACCGGAGCCUCAGUGUUCGUACGCAUCUUUUGAGACCAACGUCCCGCACUCUCAGAACGGUAAGGCUACCGCCGACAUCAUCGAGCAGGUUGUUGCGAUUUUCAAGCCUGGCCGUUUCAGCAUUACCUUGUUUGAGACUAAACCCGCCCUGGAUGAGCUCGAAGAGGCGAAUGGGCAGCAUGAUGUGGCGCACGCCCAGCGCCAAGCUCUCCGCCGCAGCAACAAGAUGGAGCACGUGGAAGGCUACCGCCGUGUCGAUCGCAUCGUCCAUGACCUGAACGGUUAUGAUCUUGUGUUCCGUUACUACGAACGCAAUGACUGGAAAGGGGGGGCACCGCGAAUUGGAGAGAAAGGAUUCUGA